GAAUGUAUUGUCCCGGAUAUUAGAUACAAAAAGUGCGAAGAUAGAGCAUCUGAUAGGAUUUGAUGGUGAGAUUGAAUACAUUCAUGUCGAUACACUCAUAUCUCAGAUCAGCAGCGGACCGAAAAAUGAGAGGGACUUGAAUAUAUUCGCGCUGGUAUUAUACGGAUUAAUCCUAUACCCUUGAAUGUCAGACCACAUUGACAACUCCGCCAUGAAAGUGUUUGAACAGGAUACACAUGAUGUCAACCCAAUAUUCGCCAUUCUGUCUGAAACAUUUAUAGCAUUGGGGAGAUGUUGAGAAAAUCGUGGUGUCAUCUUACUUGGUUGUGCCCCAUUGCUAGUGGUCUGGAUCUUCAGACAUCUGAAACCCUCUCCGAGAAGGGGGAUCCCGAUAAUCAGAUACUCGUUAGUCUUCAACGAGAGGAGAUGCUCAAUUAGUGAGUUUGCCUUAGGGGACUCAAUCUAUAUGUCCGUGUCUGAAGAGCAUUGGAAGAGUUAUUUCGCCACAUUCAGGAGUGAUGAUAUCCAAUGGAAAGCCCUGUGGAUCUACGAGGAAAGUGUAUUGUAUAGUUGUGGGCCCAACCCAUGGGUACCUCUGCUAGGCCUCGAAGGAUGUGUGGCGUAUGCACAUAAUAUGUUCAGAAGGCAGGUUGGUUACAUGAAUAUUGUGCCAGCAACCGAAGGAAUGGGUUGGUUUAGUUACCGAUACUUUAAUCCCGAUUCGAAGGCUAAAAAUGAGCAGGUGCUACCAUGUUGGAAAAAUCCAAGACUAAUCAAUCGUAGUUUGAGCAUUGUAAUGACAAAAGGUAAUCAAGACCUCCACGAUUUCUUGGCUCUCGAAUACAUGCCAUGGUAUCAGGGAUGAGGAAAAUCAGUCACUAUAGACAGGAAAGGCAAGAGAAAAAUGAAAUUUGAACCCAGGUUGCCACCUGCGAUGCAUCACCAAGUGGGAUCUUUGGCUAAAGAUAAGCCUUUAAGCCGACUACAACGAGAAAAUGACGAGAUGCGAGCAUACACAAGAGGGCAUUUCACCCAAAUGAAGAGACUUGAAGAAGCAAACUAAAUCCUGAAUCAAUGGAUUAUUCAGUUGGAAGAUAUUAGCCACGAGCAAAGGUCUGCAAUCAACGAACACCGAAGUGCAAAUCGGGCAAUGCAAGAAAUAUUAGAGCAUAUGGAAUCAUGGGGUCAACAAAAGGAGCAUCUUAUCAGUAAACAAAGGAAGGAAGCCACCAAGUACCGUGAAGAGAUUGACCGACUAACUGCUGAAAAAGAGGCCAUCGAGAUAGAAAAUAUAGACUGGCAAAUUACAGUGCAGACACUGGAAAACAACAGGCUCAAUGAAGAAUGGAAAGUUAACCGUCUCAUGGAAGUCAUUAGACGAGCUACCAGAAGGGCAUAUGAGUUGUCCAAUGAAGCCGAAGUGCCAGACUACGUUUGGCACAAAUGGAGAAUUCAGAUCCCGACCUUCGAACCUAUCUUGAAAACCUGCAAUAGGAGCUGAUAUAUUAUGGAAGUUUCUACUAAUCAUAUUAUAAUGUUUUGUAAUAUGAUCAUGUAAGGUAGCAGGGGGAUAAACAAUGUAUUUUGGGUUGUUUUUGCAAUCAUGGUCUCUUGUGAUAUAUGUACGAGACCAUGUAAUAAGCGUAUAGCGCCUUGAAGCGCAAAUAAAUUGUAAUAGUAGCCCCAGCUAUUGUAAAUAUGAAGUUUGGAAGCAAAGGUGUUAUCUCAUUGGCAAACCCUAGAAGUGCAUUCAUGCGUUAACAAAAACACCACAUCAUGCAUUCACCUCAUCUAGCAUAAGCAUGACAUCAUAUCACUCUGCAUCGACUAAUUACGAAUUAUUCCACGAGGAAACAGGAAACAGAGCACCAGGUUUUCUUUAAAAUUGGUCGUCUACCAGGAAAGAGUCAAGACUUUACAUACUUAAAGAGAUCUAAGGCCGAGUUCGUCAUGGAGGCUUUUCAGAAUAAGUUGAGUGACAUUGAAGGAAAGAUAACAUGGUUUGAUGAAAAUCUAGUUGGGUUUGAUAAAAUGAAGGAUCAGCUAAACAUGAUAGUAAAGAUGUUGUCGGCAAGAGGGAAAGAAAUAUCAUCCAAUGAUGAAGAAUUACAUUCUGAAGAUGAUGUUUCUCCAAAAGGGGAAGGCUCGAGCCCCAAAGGGAAAGCUAGUUGUUUUUGUCAUGUACGAUGAUGACUUUGGGACCCGAGCCUUCCCUUUUUGGAGAAACAUCAUCUUCAGAAUGUACUUCUUCAUCAUUGGAUGCUAUUUCUUUCUCUUUUGCCGACAACAUCUUUACUAUCAUGUUUAGUUGAUCCUUCAUUUCAUUAAACCCAACUAGCUUUUCAUCAAACCCUGUUAUCUUUCCUUCAAUGUCACUCAACUUCUUCUGAAAAGCCUCCAUGACGAACUCGGUCUUAGAUCUCGUUAAGUAUGUAAAGUCUUCACUCUUUCCUGGUGGAUGACCAAUUUUAAAGAAAACCUGGUGCUUUGUUUCCUGUUUCCUCGUGGAAUAAUUCGUAAUUAGUCGAUGCAGACUGAUAUGAUGUCAUGCUUAUGCUAGAUAAGGUGAAUGCAUGAUACGGUGUUUUUGUUAACGCAUGAAUGCGGUUCUAGGGUUUGACAAGGAGAUAACACCUCUGCUUCCAAACUUUAUAUUUACAAUAGUUGGGGCUACUAUUACAAUAUAUUUGCGCUUCAAGGCCCUAUACACUUAUUACAUGGUCUCGUACAUAUAUCACAAGAGACCAUGAUUGCAAAAACAACCCAAAAUACAUUGUUUAUCCCCCUGCUACCUUACAUGAUCGUAUUACAAAACAUUAUAAUAUGAUUAGUAGAAAAUUCCAUAAUAUAUCAGCUCCUGUUGCAGGUUUUCAAGAUAGGUUCGAAGGUCGGGAUCCGAAUUCUCCAUUUGUGCCAAACGUAGUCUAGCACUUCGGCUUCAUUGGACAACUCAUAUGCCCUUCUGGUAGCUCCUCUAAUGACUUCCAUGAGAUGGUUAACUUUCCAUUCUUCAUUGAGUCUGUUGUUUUCCAGUGUCUGCGCUGUAAUUUGCCAGUCUGUAUUUUCUAUCUCGAUGGCCUCUUUUCAGCAGUUAGUCGGUCAAUCUCUUCACGGUACUUGGUGGCUUCCUUCCUUUGUUUACUGAUAAGAUGCUCCUUUUGUUGACCCCAUGCUUCCAUAUGCUCUAAUCUUUCUUGCAUUUCCCGAUUUGCACUUUGAUGUUCGUUGAUUGCAGACCUUUGCCCGUGGCUAAUAUCUUCCAACUGAAUAAUCCUUUGAUUCAGGAUAUAGUUUGCUUCUUCAAGUCUCUUCAUUUGGGUGAAAUGCCCUCUUGUGUAUGCUCUCAUCUCGUCAUUUUCUCAUUGUAGUUGGCUUAAAGCCAUAUCUUUAGCCAAAGAUCCCACUUGGUGAUGCAUCGCAGGUGGCAACCUGGGUUCAAAGUCCAUUUUUCUCUUGCCUUUCCUGUCUAUAGUGACUGCUUUUCCUCAUCCCUGAUACCAUGGAGUGUAUUCGAGAGCCAAGAAAUCAUGGAGGUCUUGAUUACCUUUUGUCAUUACAAUGCUCAAACUACGAUUGAUUAGUCUUGGGUUUUUCCAACAUGGUAGCACCUGCUCAUUUUUAGCCUUCGAAUCGGGAUUAAAGUACCGGUAACUAAACCAGCCCAUUCCUUCAGUUGCUGGCACAAUCUGCAUGCAACCAACCUGUCUUCUGAACAUAUUUGGUGCAUACGCCACACAUCCUUCGGGGCCUUGCAGAGGUACCCAUGGGUUGGGCCCGCAACUAUACAAUACACUUCCCUCGUACAUCCACGGGGCUUUCCAUUGGAUAUCAUCACUCCCUAAUGUGGCGAAAUAACUCUUCCAAUGCUCUUCAGACGCGGACAUAUAGAUUGAGUCCCCUGAGGCAAACUCUCUAGUUGAGCAUCUCCUCUCGUCAAAGACUAACGAGUAUCUGAUUAUCGGGAUCCCCCUUCUCGGAGAGGGUUUCAGAUGUCCAAAGAUCCAGACCACUAGAAAUGGGGCACAACCAAGUAGGAUGCGCCCACGAUUUUCUCAACAUCUCCCCAAUGCUACAAAUGUUUCAUACAAAAUGGCGAAUAUUGGGUUGACAUCAUGUGUAUCUUGUUCAAACACUUUCAUUGCGGAGUUGUCAAUAUGGUCUGGGAUUCGAGGGUAUAUGAUUAAUUUGUAAAGUACCAGCGCGAUAUCUUCAAGUCCCUCUCAUUUGUCGGUCCGAUGUUGAUAUGAGAUAUGAGUUUAUCGACAUGAAUGUAUUCAAUCUCACCAUCAGAUCCUAUCAGAUGCUCUAUCUUUGCACUUUUUGUAUCUAAUAUCUGGGACAAUACAUUCUUUGCCUUAAGAUAGGACUUAUGGAUGUAGAUUUUAUAUGGCUUCUUGGGAUCUUUUUGGAGAAUAGAUUUGUACUCUUCCAUAAGGGGGGAGAAAUCAUUCUCAUUUAUGGAGAAGCAAUGAUAAAACGGAUCCCAGUAGUUGAGCAGUUCUUGAACCAUGUCGCUGGGAAUGGGACAUAUCACAGAUUAGGUAUUCUUCCGUAUGUGCGAGUGAACACCUUCUGCUCCUGUUCAGUGAAAGUUCCCCGCAUCUGUUGUAGUGAUUGGAUCCUAUUUUCAAGAAUCCUAACUGGCCCCACGAGUAGCAGAUCAAUUUGCGCCUCUUGGUAGACGAUCACCUCUUUCCCUAUAUCGUUUCAUUGAAUUGAACAUGGCUAUUUCCUCUUCUUCAAUAAUGGUUGAUAUUCCCGCCAUGUUGUGCAUAUAAAGUUUUGCAACACGGAUGUUAUCUCGUGGCAAAACCUAUUCAUGAGAUGACAUGUUAGAAAUAUCAAAAUUGAAGAUUAAGUAUGAAUGAAUGCGUGCAAUGAUA